GGGUGAAACACAAAGAGGCUUUUAUUUUUAAAAGCAAUGUCCGGAAGUUCAUUGCCUUAUUUCCCGCAGCUUAAUGGUGAACGGUGGCCCAGUCAAAACAAUGCAGUGUUGCAGCUUCGUGUAGCUUUGGCUUUAAAGGGCAGAUAUUUAAAAUCCCCAUCGACACGGUGGUCUGCGUCCGUCAGCUUGCUGUGUUAUCCGGGCGAGCGGCAGUUGGAUCGUGCCAGGAGUUUAGUUUCUUCCGAGCUGCCAUCGUUUGGGAUUUAACCGUUUGUUUGGCUGGAAAUGGAGACAGCUAACGGUUGGAUGACAGCAAUGGAGGAGAGCGGCUGAAAGGUAAAGGAAUACCGGAGUUUGCGUCAAGUUAUUGUCACUAAACUCUGUAAAAUAAACUCUCGGUCGGCCGGGGCAGCUGACAUGGUGGAGUAGGCGUCGUCAGCGCUGAAGCUCUCUAGGUCUCUCUCUGCGGAGAGGAUCGCCAUGGCACCGGGCUCUCUGGUGGCGGCCUGCCGCAGUCUGGCCCUCUCUACGUGGCUGCUCUCCUUCUGCUUCGUCCACCUGCUGUGCCUGGACUUCACCGUGGCCGAGCGGGAGGAGUGGUACACCGCCUUCGUCAACAUCACCUACAUGGACCCGGCCACCUCCGAGCUGCGCACCGAGAAGACGGAGGUCGGCCGCUACGGUGAGCAUUCCCCAAAGCGGGACGCCAAGGGGGUGGUGGUGCUGCCAGCCGCCCCCCUAGACCGGCAGGCCUGUGACCCUCACACUCGGUUCGUGGUCCCCACGCAGGCCUCGGCGGGCUGGAUAGCGCUGAUAGCCCGGGGAAACUGCACCUACAAGGACAAGAUCCGCCAUGCUGCCGCCCACAACGCCUCGGCGGUGGUCAUCUUUAACGUGGGCUCCACUAAUCCCAACGAGACCAUCACCAUGCCCCAUCAAGGUACCGGUGAGGUGAUCGCUAUCAUGAUCCCAGAGCCAAAAGGCAGGGAGGUCGUGUCGCUACUGGAGCGCAACGUCACGGUCACCAUGACGAUCACCAUCGGGACGAGGAACUUGCAGAAGUAUGUGAGCAGGACGUCAGUGGUGUUCGUGUCCAUCUCCUUCAUCGUGCUGAUGAUCAUCUCCCUCGCCUGGCUCGUCUUCUACUACAUCCAGAGGUUCAGAUACGCCAACGCGCGGGACAGGAACCAGCGUCGUCUUGGUGAUGCAGCAAAGAAGGCCAUCAGUAAGCUCCAGGUUCGCACCAUCAGGAAGGGCGACCAGGAGACGGAGGCAGACUUCGACAACUGUGCAGUCUGCAUCGAAGGCUACAAGGCCAACGAUGUGGUUCGCAUCCUGCCCUGCAGACAUUUGUUCCAUAAGAGCUGCGUGGAUCCGUGGCUGCUGGACCAUCGCACCUGUCCCAUGUGCAAGAUGAACAUCCUGAAGGCCUUGGGCAUCGCCCUGAACGCAGACUGCCUGGAUGACCUCCCCCUGGACUACGACCUGGCCCUGGGCGGCGUAGGUGGGGUCGGAAUGGGCGGAGUGGGAGUUCUGGCGCUGGAAGCUGUAGUGUCCGGAGCAUCCAGCGACGGGACUCUGAGCGAGGGCAGCUCUUCGGUGGUCCUGGACCCCGGCGUGCGACGGGUGGGACUCCCACAGGACUACCAGGACCUCGACCCCCUGCGAGAUAGCCCCAUAACGGCCACAACCGACACCCACACAGGUUGGACGCAAACACACUGGUGAGCUGCAGCCGAUGGCGAGCAGCGCCUCCGUGGCAUCACUGGUCAUUGCCAUGGAAACCGGCCUGUCAGACGAGGAAUCCAUCGAGCAGAUGGGGGCCAAGUCCUGAGAACAUCACAACAGAACCAAGCCAGAACCCGGCCAAAAUAAAUAAGACUCGGAACAGACUUUAAUGGGCCAGAAGGUCCAGAGAGACAGCUCGACUGAAAACAAUCAGAACCAAACCUGCUAACAACCUGGUUCUGGAUUUUGCUUGUCUAAAAUAAAAACUGAUCUAGAACCGGCACCAUGAGGUUUGAGUCGGUUUGGACUUUUAAAGUAGACCUGUCGGGUUCAGGUUCAGAGGAAGUGGACUCAUCUGGACUUAGUUUUUCCCGUCCGUUAGUUUCAGUGUUAACCUUCGCUUGUUCUGCGUUUUCCUGAUCCAGAUUCCACCUGGUUCCUUCCCAAAUGACCCAGUUUACAUCUGCCUCAGUUAGUUCUGUUAGUAGAACCGAAUCAUUGGCCCAGACAGUCUUCCUGACUGAAUCCAGUCCUUUAUCUCGCUUGUGGCUGAACCUCCUUCAGACAUCUCUAUUAUCUCCAGAGUGGGACUGGAAGUUCAGCCUGAAGCAUCUGCUGUGGUUCUCUUUUAUGAUGAGUUCUGUUGUCUCUGGAUCUUCUCUGGAGUACCUGGAAUCUCCAGGAAAACCUCAUUCAGACACUGUCUCCUUGUUCUGGUCCUGGUUUCUUGGGUCUUGGACAUCUGGACUGGCCUGCUGCAGCUCAGAAGUUUUUAAAAGGACUCUGCGGCUCCUGGGGGUCGACCCGGCGGUCUUACUGCAGUAUUGAACAGCUGCUUCAUCUCAGAGUUUCCUCUUUCUGCUCGGUUUGCUCCUUUAUCUUUAAAAUCUGUGGUGACAUUUGGUUUGAAUGCUUCCUCUGCUGUUUCCAGACGGUAUUUCUUUGUAUAUUCAGGGGGAAAAGUUCUUGUUUCUGAGCCUUUGCAGGAAGUCCUACGACGAGUAAAGGAAGUGAGGAUAUUUUUUUUUUUUUUUUUUUUUUUUUACAUGUGAAGCACAGAUUAAAACAGGUGAAAGCUGUGUGAGAAAGCAGAAAUCCCUGAGUGCUGUCAGACAUAUAGGUACAAGGUAAAUUACUCCCAUGCUGCUGAGCGGAUGUUGAGUGUUUACAUCCUUUCAAAAUAAUUUUUAGCAUUAAAUUUAGGUUAACUUCGACCAUCUUUAUUACAGUAAACAAAGUGAUGAGGUGGAUCUGCACACUGCUGAAAGAAAACAGUCUUUCCUCUCCCUUAAACUUUGUUUUUCAUCAAACUUCCUUACAGGAACUCCAUGUUUAUAAGGUGCUUUUGGACCACAGUAUAGUUAUCGUAGUUCCUGGAACCUUUUGGAGCAAGUAUCCUGUCUGUUUGGGUUUGAUUGCUGCAGAGUAUUUCACCAAUCUGGUAUUCUAUUUAUUAAUCCAUCAAGUAAUUGGAUAUACGUAUUCGCACAAUGCUGAACUACCUGUUCCGCGCUGCUACUUGAUCUUCUGAGGGCAACUUUUAUAAAGGGAGAAAAUGAGCCUGGUUGCAAUGAAUCUGACUGAAUCUGAACACAAAGAGAGAAACAGGCUAAAAGUUAGUUUGUCUUUAAACCAUUUGGACCUCCCAUCAGCUAAUUCAGUAAAUGUUUGUGUAAACGUGUAUUUGUGAUACAAGACUGUUUUUUCCAACCCAACUAAGAUUUGUUACAACAUCAAGCUCCACCAGGAAACUGACCGUGUGAUAAAAGCAGAAAACACGACCUUUCCUUUGUGGGUUAGGGUGGGUUCUGUUGGGAGGCUUGAGGUUCUGAGCUGUUUGGAUCAUGUUUUGUCCCUAAUUCUGAUUGGAGCCAUUUAUGAUGAGGCAUAUCAGCUCCUCUCAUACAUCAUUAAUGUUAAUUAGGGCUGCACAGUAUGAAGAAAACAUGAGAUAUGCGGUAAUGUGAGUGUCGCCAUAGCGAUAAAUAAUCUAAAACCUACCGGUGUUGAUGUGUUCACUGCAGACUUACAUAACGCCUUUUCCUGGUGAAUUUAUCUCCUUACCACCACUUUACCUUCUAAGAUCUACUGAUACUGCCUUAAACAAUAAGCAUAGUGAGCCUAAAUCCAUGUUAAAACAUGCAAGUAGCUGAUAUUUAUAGCAGUGAUGUAACAAUAAACUUGCGUUACACUGUGCAGCCCUAACGUUAAUAGAAUUAAUGCCAUGCCUGACAUCUCAGUAGCUUUCAAGUGCUAAAUAAUAACACUACAUCUGGAAGAUAUGAUGCACUUCCUCCCUCUCCAGUGACAUUUAGGACACCACGGCUUGUUUAUCCUGACAGCUCCAGAUAUUUGGCCCCCUUCAGAUAUUUGGUUCUGCAGGACAGCCCCUCCACCAAAACAUUCUGAUAAUUACUAGCUUCAUCUUUAGUUUCUAAAGCUAUAUCUGACUCAACAUGCGUAAAGUUGCCUCUUCCUCCUGCUGAUGAUGUUUUCAAGCUAAAGAGCCAAGCUAGCUUUAUUAUCUUCACUCUGCAUUUUGAUUUGACCCGUAGAUAUUUUCCCUUAAUGUAUUUCAGUGCAGUUCUAAUCAUUGGUGUGGAGAUGAAACUUGGAGAAGACGUUGCUCACUCCCUUCAUAAACUGGUGAUGUUUGUUGAAUGGUGUAAAAAUUUAAUGCCCAGUGUUUUAAACGGUCACAUGACUGAGACAUGGAGCUGCAGCAGCCAGUACAGUCUUUCUCUCAUAGUGGACAUCAUUGUAAAGUCAUAAAUCCUAAGAUUGUUAAGCAAACGCCCAGAUAUUGUUUUUAGGCACACGCAAAUCGGAUGUGAUUUUAAAGGAUGGUCAGCUAUCUGACCCCUGAUAUCAACCAUUUCAAAAUGCCUCAAUUAGAAGGUUCCACUAUUUUGAUAAAUAUGUUUUUUUAUUCUGAAUUUCUCCCUGUUUUCUUCUGUCUUUUCCUUUGUCCCAGUAAAAUCAGAGACGGUACAAAGCUGUUGCAGGGUUAGUUAGCUUGUGUGACAGAAAUAAUUAUUCCCCAGUGGUCUGGAGGAUUAAACAGAACCUUUAUUUACUCACUUGUUCUUAAAACAGGAUGAUCAUUGCUACAUAAGUCCCUUUCUCUGGGUUUCUAAAAUAUUAAGGUUGCUUCUCAUGCGUGAAACUGUGCUUGAAGCUGCCACACCAGGGCCUUCUCAUACAGCAAACUGCUCCACCUGACCAACCUAAAGAGCUUCUCUGAUUGAAGGAACAAUCUUCUAAGAUUAGUUUGCAGAAAAAAUGUUAAUGCCAAAAUCCUUCAACAAGAGAACUGAUCUUUUAACGGUACUUCUCAAGAACCCUACGCAAGUUCCUAGAACCUUGUGGUCUGACAGCACCUGUAGCUUUGCCUUGCUCAUUUUACCUAAUGUCUCCGACUGCCCGACCACCUGCCUCCUUUAUCAUCUUGCUGCCUUUUUCUACCUUUGACUUCUGACAAUCCAGGAAGCUGCUGGUCCGGGUUCUUUACUCAGAACCUCAACAGAUCUGUGCACCACAGAAGGUUACGAUUAUUUCCACAUUACAGUCCCAAACAGUGAGAGAAAGGUUCCUGUGCUUCUCCCGGUUCUGCCUCUACACGUCCAUCAGCCCUUUCUUUAAAUAUAGGACACAGGUUCACUUCGCUCCGGACGUCGGCGCUCGUGUUUCGGUGCUGCCGGUGAGAAAGAAAAAGAUUGUUGUCUAUUUUGAUACCAGAGGAGACAUUUAUUUUUGUAACGAAGCAGCAGAGACUGACCUAUUCCCCUUCCAUCCCCCAUGACUCGCUUGGUUCUAAUCGGGCUGAUUUAGAUGUUGAAUAUUUGUGUAAUUGUACAUAUAAACCUUUUUUUUCAGAGGCCUCCAGUGUUCUGAACCUGGUCCAGAAAAUGUUAGGAUCUGACUGAUGGAACCUGAGAACUGAGCUCAUCUUCAGGCAGCUGUGGUCCAGUUGACACAAACUGUUGGGUUUCCUUUAAUAUUUGUCAGUUAUUCCAGUCACAGUGCUUCUGUUUCCCGUGAGUUCGGUUCCUCUCACACUCUGUGGACAUCUUACUUUUCUUCUAAGGCAUAAUGGGUCAAGAGGUCACCGGGUUUGUUGUAAACACAAAGUAAUUUAUACUCUGUAAUACUCGAGAGCUUGUAAGAAGGUGACCGAUUUGUACGGCUUGUCUUGGACAGUUUUAGUGAGUGUUUUAAUUAAAUUCACCUGCUUUGUGUUGUGA